UCUGCGUGGACAAUAAACCUGAAACCUACCGGUAAGGUGAGUUUAAUGGUUAUCGCGGAAUGCAAACAAGAAAUAGACAGAAUUCCUGAGAAGUCAAUUCCGGCCAAAACAAACAACAGUCUACACUCAAUAAGGCAGAAGUCUGACAACACAGCUGUUGCCUCAAGGCAUACCAUAUAUGCAAAGCACAAAGUCAAAAGCCGUUCGAAAAGUCACGGCAAUAUGCAGCAAAUGCCGUUUUCGUUCAACGUGCAUCGUGUGAAGAAAACUUAACGAAGUUAGGUGGCUAUUAAAGAGAGCACAAAUACUAGUGAGCAAAAGAGAGUUAAAGAAAGCGGACAAAGAGAGAGGGUUAGAAAUAUAAACAAAUUAAUAGUGAAGUAGAUGAAGAAGAGUUUCCAGAAAGCAGUCAAGCCAAGCUGAGUUGCAAUUUUGACAACUAGCGCGUUAUUGGCAACAAAAAAUACACAGAUUUCUAUUCACAGCUUCAUAUACGUAGCAGCUGAUGCACCAACAGCCAGCAAAAAUAUUAAAACCAGUCUUCCAGCGCCGGCUGUUAACUUGCCACAAUCUCUAUCUAUCACAAGAUAAUUACCUCAGCAGAGUGUUUGUUAUUUUUCUGUGACUGGCGCUGCUUUUAGGCCACAUAGCGUACCGCUGCAAAGAAGAAAAAUGCGCGCCAUGAUCUCUACACGUUCAGUUGCCGGAUGACAACGCAUGCGCACGCACACGCCAACGCUCCCUAGCAAACUAUACAAAAUAUAUGACGGCCUUAUAGGCAAGUAAGGAAUUCGAAAGCUCCAAGUGAAUAAUAACACUCAAUAAUAACAACAACCAGACAGCUGACAGUGACACUUUUACGCGCAGCGAUGUUAAUGUGUAAAACGAAAUGUGUUAAAUUGUGAAAGUCAAAGCCGACGCAAAAGUGACAAAAAUCAGUGAAGCACACUAAAUAUAACAAUAACAACAAAAUAACUAAAUAAAUGAAAACGAGCGCCCACCUUAUUAGCGCCAAGCUUAAACAGCAAGUGUCGGGGAAUUUUGCUUUUGUUGUUGUUUUGUAAAUUAUUAAUGACUUUGUACGCUUUAGGCUCACCUAGAAAGAUACCAAUUCGGCUGAAAUUCCGAGCGUAAACCGUACAAAAACGUAAAAAACACAAUAACCAAGAAUGUGCUAAUUGGCAGUUUCAAACCGUUUACGAUUUCUGCGCAAAAUAUUCAAUUUGUAAAAGUGCAAACGCCAAAAGAAAGUAACAAACACCGCCCGACAAUUUCAAGUGCUCGAAAGUGACAAUCGAUUGGUCGUUGAAUGGUUGGCAUAGAAAAGUGGGCACAACAAUAAGCAUUGGGUCUCACUCACAAUAGUUGAAAUAGUCGACUUAAGCGCGCACGUAGUGAAAUUGUUCGAAAAAGUGGGCAACAUUUUGACAUACUCACCCACAAUCGACGAGCGGGCCAUUGUGGUCCAAUCAAAGUUUGUUUACCCUCUUGUUUUUGUUUUUUAAGCUGCUGAUUUCUAAGCUUUUUUCAUGUAUUUUGGAGUGCAGCCGGAUAAUUGAGAAAAAAGUGACUACAUUAAUGGAAAAAUCGCAAGAAGUAGAAAGUUGUUAAACGUUGAAUUGUAACCAGCAAUAAAUAUUGCAAAAGAAGAAGUUCUACGAAACAAAAUACGUGAAAACAUUGAAUAAACAAUAACAACAAAUGCAACAAAGCCACAACCUACUACAGAAGUGAACGCAUCCACAACAACAAAUGCAGAAAAAACUGCGAGACUAUUACCACCAAGAAGGUUUGUUAGCAAACGCGAUGGUGAGAACCACCGAUUUGAAAAUAGAAACUACAGAAACAAAAAACAACGACACAUACCACAGAUCAAUCAUAUUGCCAAAUUGGAUGGAAAAACCACAAGUCGACAUCAGCAUGACCAACAGCAAACAUAGUCACACAGCAGCUGCGGCCGUGAUCAACCACAGACACUGCGUGCGAAAUCGGCACAGUAGGGCAACGCCAGCAAAUAACUCAAUUUUUCAAAGACCCUCUUCAGCACCAUCAGUCACACCGAGAAACUCUUUGCGUAUGCGAGCGAUGUUUAUGCUGCAAGGCUGUCACUUGUCCGACAAACUUCAUCCAUUUGCGUUGCUACUUGUCAUCCUGCUAUCCGUUGCAAGUGUGACGCCAACUGAAAGCAUGGACAUGUACGAAAGUACGACACCAAUGCAAUCGACUACGAGAGACAAUCACACAUUACCCUCCAACAACGAGCUUAGUAGCCCGUCAGUAGCAAUUAACACAAGCAAUUGGCAAGAGCUCGAUGCAACAACCAGCCACGACUAUAGUUGGCGCAAUCAAAGCCAAAUCAAUGGUAACAGUGAUGGUAGUGACAAUGCUGGCCGCAAAAAUGGCGGCGACUCGAUUUUCAUGCGUUUUGCAAAACGUUUCUCUACUGGCAAUGAAUUGUGGGAUGACAUUAUACGCGAUUGCUACCAGCAACCCACCGUCAGUUGUUUCCAGAAGAACGUCUUCACGUACUUGAACGGUGCGCUCGACGCACAUGAUGUAAAUAUAACGCAGCGCUUGAAAUUCUACCGCAAUCAAGUGGACUACGCGGAUAUGCAACAUGAGCCAACGGAAGCGGCCGCCGCGAAGGCUGGCAUGGAUGGAUCUUCGGAUGAGCAGAACUCAAUUAAAAUGCUGCUAUCCGAGGAAGAACAGUUACUCUCCAACGAGAUACCCCAUGAAGAAGGCCGGGCCACAAAAGCCCACACAGAGAGUGAGACAACUGAAACGCCCAUUGAAGAAGUUACCAACGCCCUCUACGGCAAAAGCGUAAAAUUCGCUAUGACACACGACUUGGAAAUUAAAUUGCCGGAGAUGAUGUUUGAUGGCGCCACAUUUCGCAUUUCUCCACGUUCAUUCGAAGGGAAUGGAAUUAUCGCAAAGCUGGAGUUGAUACCGAAACAGGAAGUGGAAGCCCGUUUGGCUGGCAAAAUAAUCAUGAAGAAGAUACAGAAAUUCUUACGCAGCAAAUUAUUACUAUCAUUUCUGGCGCUUGUGCUCAUUAUAAAAAUCAUCAAAAUCAAAUUGUUCUGGCUGUUGCCGUUGGUGAUAGGUGUCGGCGCUGCCAAGAAGUUGCUGCUCAAAUUCUUGCUAUUCCUCUUCCCCGCGCUGUCCCAUCUCUUCAAGCUGUGCUCCUACUAUCAACAGACAUAUCACUCCACCAAAUAUCAUCACCACCAUCAUCUUAUCGACCACCAUCAUACGGUUGUUCCAGCUUGGCAUGCACCCGAACACCAUUCCAUACCGGAAAUUAUUUACACUCAUCCUCCAAAGGGGCAUCCUUCUACAUAUUUGCACGGCGCGCCAAUUCACGAAAACUACGGCCCUUACUCAUUGGAACAUAAUGAGGGUAAUUGGGAAAAUUCUGGUCCGGGAUUGGGUUCAGAUUAUAUUGGCGAUAUAAAUCGGUCCGCACAAGUUGAUGAAAAUUCUAAUUAUUUUAAACCAAAUGCCAACAAGGAUGCCAAUGAAAUACUUGUUUGGGGUUUGGGUACCACACAGCCAACCAUUCCUCAACAACAACAACAAAGGUAUCGACCGGUAACACAGCAACAACCACCUACACAACAACAUCGACCGCCAUCACUUGUACAGCAACAAAAAUUGCAAUUACAACAGCAACAACAGCUAGUACAACAAAAACUGAAAACACAACAGAAACAACAGCAAACACAUAAUCUUCAGAAACCACACGCCACUAGUCACAGUUUUAAUCCAUUUUUGAAUGGUGAAAAUAAUUUGAAACAAAGCUUAUUUGCCACAAAAUUAAAAACUCCGGCACAAGCACAAUCCGCGCUAAAUCCAGUUUAUGCGCCCCCACCAGCGCCGUCAUCGCAUCCGCAGCAGCCAUCGGCAGAGGCAUUAACCGCAGCCGCACACAUUGCGGCUCAAUACGAUCCGGCACGUAAUAGUCUAGCACAACAACAACAAAAACAGGACCAGCUUAAACAGCAACAGCUACAGCAAUUACUAAAGCAACAGCAGCAACAAUUGUCGCCCGAAUUGGCCGCACAACUAAAAGAAGCCUUACGAAUCCAGGCGGAACAGCGUAUAAUAUCGCAACAACAACAAAUACUUGACAAACAGCCGUUUGUACAGGAUGGACAGCCAAUCAUGCCAAAGAACUAUGAUCCUUUUUACAGUCCAAUUCUUUUGAAAAUUGAUAAAAUUGUUGAACAACUCGGAGUUACAGAUGAUCUUUGUAAAGAGCGUCUUAUCUGUAGCAUGUAUAAGGAUCCAACGCGGUACAGCCCGCAUAGUAAUUUCGUAUCUGCGGAGCUGAGUCGCGAUACGAGUGAAUUGCAACCCGUGUCGAACCCGAACGGGGCCGUUGUGCGCUUCUACCGCUUCAUACAAGCCGCCCGUGAUGGACAGGAUCAAAGAGAUUGCCUACGCCUUUAUCCGCAGUGCAACAUUAAUACGGAAUGAGUUGCGCUUGGCAGCGAAGCGGAAAUGUGAAUGACACAAAAUCGAUACGUGGGGAUACUGAAGUGAAAGCUUCAAAGCACCUGCUUAUGCAUAGUGGGCAUUUGCAGCGUUUUAGGCGCAAAAAUGCCAAAACAGUAAAUUAACUAAAGGGCCCGCAGCUAACUUCGUAGCCACACCGAAUAAGUAAUCAACAAACACAAAUUGUAUAGCAAUUUAUCCCGCGGCGUUAAGCAGUCGAUAGAUUUUCAAUUUUUCUACUUUCGCCGUUGCUUUUGUAAAUAGGAUUAGUACAUAAGUCGAUUUAUUUAUUUGAUCGUUUAAUUAUUUUGUAUGUAGCUUAAUUACUAGUAUAUUUUAAGGACUAACCGUUACAAGCUUUGCUUGUUCUUUGAUAUUUAUUUGUUAAAAAAUAUACGGUUUCUAAUUUCUCUAGUGAAACUAAUUUUAAUACCGCUGUAAUUAUGCACCAACGACUACAUAUCAUGAUUAGACUCGAUGAAAGCUGCUGCUUAUUUUUCAAUUACGUCGCUUGUAGAAUUAGAAUUUACAUUGAAUAUAAGCUGGUUAUACAUGUAAAAUAACUUAUUAUAUUAUAUUUGAAAUAUUUAAAUUAAUUUUUCUGAAGUGGUUUAAAUGCCCACAGCAAGUCAGUUAUCGUCAUACGUAUAUAGAAAAUUUAGUCAAUUGUGAAUUAUGAAAAUUUUGUUCAUCUUGCAAGUGAUUGCAAGGUAAAUGAAUAUACAUAUAUUAUUACUGUUAUUUAAAUUAAUGUCAAUUAAGCAUGUUAAGAUUAGAUAAAAAUAUAAAGUGUAUACUAUAUGUAUAUAAUUAAACUUCAGUCGAUAAAUUAUUUAUUUUCUAUUUGUUAAUUUAUAAAAAGAUGUUUUUUAUUUAGCUAUAAUAUUGAUGGAAAGUCUUAAAUUACAAAUAUUAAUACAAGUAUGUAAUUAUUCAAAUAAAAAUAAAGACAAAUAUAUAAAAAUAAAAAAA